AUUUGUACUAUCUGCAGAAAGUGUUGUACUAAGAUUCUAUCUUGCAGAUUUUUCUUUCCUUUCUUCUUUUCAAAAUACACUCUUCUUUGUUCAGUGUUAUCAGUGGAGGCAAGAAAAUAUGCAGGGGUGCGCAGCUCUUUCCUGUUCUUCAAACGCCAUCUCUUCUGCUCCAGUUGGUCUCUUCUUUACUCAAACACUAACACUUCCCUUUCGAAAUCAAAGCAUUGGGCAUUUGACAAACCCAUCUUCUUUUCCUGCUCAAUCAAGCUUCAAGAUUUUCCAUGUUCGCCAAAGCACCCUCCCUUUGCGUCACUGCACUGCUACCGAGGAGAUCUUGGAGACUAGUGAAACAGAGGGAGUCUUUGUUGAAACUGGGUACAUAUAUAGUGUUCAUGGGCUUCAAGGAGAGGUUCGGGUAAAGGCCGAGACUGAUUUUCCUGAAUUGCGAUUUUCCAAGCCAGGAAGGCGAUGGUUGAGGCAGCAAGUUUCAGGGAGAGAGAUGGUUCAAGAAAUCGAACUAGUGGAGGGAAGAGGUCAUCCAGGACAGAAGAGUUGGAUACUUAGAUUCCAUGAAAUCAACACAGUAGAGCAGGCUCAAAAACUUGUUGGGUCGACUGUACUAGUGAAGGACGAAGAUAGACCAGUCUUGGAAGAAGGUGAAUAUUACACCCGUGACCUUGUUGGGAUGAGAGUUUUUCUAAAGGAAACUAGAGAACCAGUGGGAACUGUUAUUAAUGUUUUCAACAGUGGAGCUAGUGAUCUCCUACAUGUUGAGCUUGACUCGAAUAUUAGUCUAUCAGAUCGAAAUGGAAAGCCAAGGCUGGAAGGAGGGGCAUCUGGUCCGCUUGUAUGGGUUCCUUUUGUUGAAGCAAUUGUUCCAACUGUUGAUUUGAGUAAAAGGGAAAUGUUGAUUACACCUCCUAAAGGUCUUCUAGAGCUAAAUAUCCGUACUGAUGAGAGGUCCAAGAAAGAGAGGCGACAGCUUGAAUGGAAAGAGAGAAAAAAGUUUCAGAAACGCCUUAUAGCAGCCAAGAAGAAAUUACAUGAAAUGGAACAAGAUCAUAUUUUUCAUGGUUUUAGAUACGGCGAGAAAAGCCAAAGGAGCUUCCUUGCAGACCAGAUAGUUGAUGUAAAUUCAAUGUUGCUUCAGCAUGCGUUGCAGAAUAUUAAGAUGCCAUAUAAGAGAUGGAGCUUUCCAGACUUUGUUAAUGCUUUAGAAGUUUCAAAUACAUUUAAAAUAUCAAAAGAAUUCCUUUCUAAAGAAAAUGUGGAACAUUCCAACAUUGGUUCUAAAGUGCAAGAGCAGGGUCGCGGCCUCAUAUCUUGCGGCAAGGUUGCCAUUGUUUUAGCUUUGGGAGAAAUGCUUGGAAGGUCUUCUAUUCCUGAGCCUGUUGGCUCUCAUAAUAAUGACAUUGCCUAUCUGCAUAUCAAGGCAUUGGUAGAUGACAGCCUCAGACUGCUAAAGGUGGUCCUUCCUUCAGUAGUAGAACUAGAGUCGACAGUAUGUUUUACGGAGGACCUGCUGUCUGUACCUCUUAUAUUGGUGUGUCCCGCUGAAUCUAUUGAAUAUCUCAAACAAUUGUUCAUGGAUCAUGACUACUUCUCUUUCAACUCCGAGAAGGUUUGGUUCUUGGAAGAAGAGAAACUCCCCGUCGUCACUGCGUCACAGGAAGAAGAAAGCAAACAUAAAAUUUUGAUGAAAUCACCUUGGGAGAUACUCCAACAACCAGCUGGAUCAGGAGGAAUUGUUACUUUGCUCUCAGCACAUAACCUACUAGAGCAUUUACAUGUGAUGGGCGUGGAGUAUAUUCAGGUCUGUUCUGGCAAUCAAGAUUGCAUAAAUGGCGAGAUGCUACUUGGUUUUACUAAGUCUCGUGAAGCCAAUGCGGGGAUCCAAGUCUUCAGGGAUGCUGGCUACUCGGAAGAACGCUUCAACAUGGUAUUUUCCAUUGAUUUUGCAAAGAAGUUGACUAAGAAGAUCGACAAACUUCAAUUUGAAGCCAUUUUAAAGCCAAAUCAGUAUGUGGAGAUGGUAGAUAAAGACUGGGUUGAUGUUAUCCCCUCCUCACCCAACUCAUAUGAGUUUCAUUCUUCAAUUUAUAACUGCUUCAACGCUUGUCCUCCUAGUAAAAUUUGUUUGGUAGACAUUACUGCAUGAUAUCGAUAUUUGUAUACAUGUAUAUGACUCCCAACUUACCUGCAAAAGCAUAGAAAAUCUUUUAGUAGCACGAGACGAGUAUCUUCGCACCCA